CUUAUCUAUGUAUCUACUUCUCCUUUUCUUUAUCUCAUUACCAAGUUUAUGUAUGUAUCUACUUAUCCCUUUCUUUACAUCCUUAUGUAUCUAUACAGUGGCAUACCUAGGGUAUGGCUGGUAGGGCAGAUGCCCUGGUCAUUGCUCCAGGUGGGUGCCACAGGUGAGAUGGGACUCAUGGCCUUUGAAACCGGCAGUACUUUAAGUGCAAGUCAAAUGUGCCAGAGGUUUCUGUGUAAACAUUCUGAUCUUCUAUCAAACCGAAACUUUCAAGCUGAAAUGGAUGAACUAUACAAAUGUCCAUGCACGCUUGAUCGGCUGGGUUUGCAGUGGGAGCUGGUCAAAGAAGACAAGGAGACACAAUGUUAUGCAAUCAGUGCAGUAGCCAAGAAAAGACUGUUACAGACCAACCAGAGAAACAGGCUGUGUUGCUACUCACGGGAAACUCCAAAGAGCAACAGCUGGAAAGACUGGUUUCAAUCUUGGCAGGCUGGCUCCUUCACUGGAACUGGGCAGUUGCUCAUUAGUGACCCCUGGAAAUUGUCGUCCUCAUUCAGCAACCCAAGGGCUUAUGAAGAUGCUCAGGAAAACAUGCAAGCUCGCACCUGGUGCUGUGGGAAAUCCCCAUUUAAGUUCUGCCAGAGAUUUUACACAAUCUUUGGGGACCUUCAGUGCACACCAUAUCCAAGCUUUGUUCCUGCAUCCGCCCUGGGUGACCCUACCAUAGUGACCCUGGACAAUUUCAGUUAUCUAAUGAAUGGUUGGGGAGAGUAUAUUCUGAUGGAUGUUCAGAGCGAGGAGUUUACCCUUCAGGUAGGACACAUUCCUGUUUUGUUUACCCUUCAGGUAGGACACAUUCCUGUUUUGUUUACCCUUCAGGUAGGACACAUUCCUGUUUUGUUUACCCUUCAGGUAGGACACAUUCCUGUUUUGUUUAUCUCUUCUUACAUUGACAAUCAGAUUAUUUAUCUUUUGUUACGAUUUUAUUUUGUACAUCUUUCAAUGGCCAUUUUAGUAAAUGGAAUGGAUUUCACCAAUAGAUUCUACGAUGAUCCAAGAUUUGGGUGGUCAACAGAAGACAUCAGUGUUGUCAAGAGAACUGAGAGUGGCAAGGUCAUAGUUGCAGCAACAUUUCCAUGUGGUGUAUCCAUCAAAGUUCACGUGGGUGUGAACAGUCUUGAGAUUGAUUUAGAGGUCGAUGUUUCACUCCGAAGUCAAACAAAAGGUCUUCUAGGCAACUUUAACGGAAAUUCUCAAGAUGAUUUCUUGUUGCCAAAUGGUACAGUGCUUUCUCCAGCCUUAAUGGAGAGACAGAUCUUGUCUGAUUUUGCUUCACGCUACCUGGUGACCGAAGCCACAUCAGUAUUUAUAUACAACAAAAGGGAGAGCACUAAGAACUAUCAGCAUCCAGAGUUUCUCCCACAGUUUGUCGAUGAAACUAAUCCAAGUCUAUUGGCAGAUGCGAAGAAACUUUGUGGUGACAAUAAUAGAGCCUGCAUAUAUGACUAUAUUGCUACAGGCAGCACUAAUUUUGCACAAAACACUAAAGAUGGAAAGGAAGCCAGCGACUUUAAAGCAAACAGUCACAACAAUACUGCACCCACAGUGUCAAUCCGCAGCAACAUCAUGAUCAUUAACAACCGCUGGCUGGUGUACGAGGGUCAACAAAAUUCUCUCACGGUAGAAGCAUAUGAUAGUGAUGGUGAUGAAGUCACUUAUGAGCUGACUAAGGAUGUCGCUGAAGUCGUGCUGUACCAGAAUGGAACUCUUGUCUACACAUCACAUCUUCAAGCCAAAUUUAGUCUUGGAAUUCGGGCUAGGGAUUCUAAAGGUGCCUACUCCCCCAUUGUGAGAAUUGCCAUAGCUGUGUGUCCAGUCUGUAGUCAACAUGGGACCUGUAGCACCACCGACACUCAGGCUGAGUUCCUGGAGGGACAGUUUCAGAUACUUAGCUGCAGCUGUUACCCUGCCUACACAGGUGCCCAGUGUGAGUCUGAGCUGGAUGCCUGUAAGUUAUCUCCCUGCCUAGAGGGACAGAACUGCACUGACCUGACAGCCGCCGAGCAGGGAAACAACUCUUUGGGCUACAUUUGUGGGCCUUGUCCUGCAGGAACUACAGAUGUCGAUGGGUCAUGUGAAGAUAUAAAUGAAUGCCUGGACAGCACAAUAUGUGAGCAAGAUUGUCUGAACACGUACAGGUCAUACAGGUGUUCCUGUUGGCCAGGGUUUAGAAUCAGCCAGACAGCCAGCCAAGCUUGUAUUGACAUUAAUGAAUGCGAAGAGAGAACCUCCAGCUGUACACAAGUUUGCAUCAACACAGAGGGAAACUACACAUGUUCAUGUCAAGAGGGAUACACACUUGGUUCUGAUGGGAAAUCAUGCAUCAUUG